ACAGAAAUCAUCACUUAUUUGUAUACACUCUUUAUUAUUCCUAGCAACAGAAUACUAUUCUCUCAGAGAAGAAGAAUGGCAGCAACAAUUUCCAGUGUUGUAGGCUUAGCUAACUCAUCUCUUUCUGGAUUUUCUUCUCCAAAAAAGCCUCGCCUCACCUCAGACUUCGUGAGAUCAUCCGUGAGUGCAAGAAACCCUUUAAGGGUAGCAAAAGCUUCAGGAGGCAGAGUUACAUGUUUUCAAAGGGACUGGCUGAGGAGAGACUUGAAUGUGAUUGGAUUUGGUCUGAUUGGAUGGUUGGCUCCUUCAAGCAUUCCAGUAAUCAAUGGGAAGAGUCUUACUGGCCUUUUCUUUGAAAGCAUUGGCACUGAACUCUCUCAUUUCCCCACUGGACCUGCUCUCACUUCUCAAUUCUGGCUAUGGAUGGUGUGCUGGCACUUGGGGUUGUUCCUAUGCCUGACUUUUGGACAAAUUGGAUUCAAGGGACGGACCGAGGACUAUUUCUCUAAGUAGAACAUUAUUUUUCUUCUGCAAAUUUCCUUGUAUAAAUUAUAUAAAUAAGCUACUUCAUUUUCUGCA